AAAUCUGGCAACCAAAAACUAGCGCGGAUUUUUGUUGUUAUUUGUAAGAACAAAAAGUAUUUACUCUUUCUCGAAUAAUGUUUUUAUCGACUUUCUUAAUAAAUUAGAUGGGAAUUUUUUUACAAUGGGUUUGAUUCAAGAAUGUGAACUGUAUUUCUCAACAAAAAAUUUAUACGAUGUCUUAGGAGUUCGAAAAGGCGCUUCUCUCUUGGAUAUUAAGAAGGCGUAUAGAAAAGCUUCUUUACUGAUCCAUCCAGAUAGGGUUGAAGACGAGGCUAAAGUUGAAGCAACUCGGAAAUUUCAGGUCCUUGCUAAAGUUCAUUUUAUUUUGUCUGAUAUUGAGAAAAGAGCUGUUUAUGAUGAAUCUGGUGAGAUUGAUGAAGAAAAUAAUAUUUCGGAAAAUGAUUCAACUCCCGAGUUUUGGGAAAACUACUGGCGCAAUUUAUUUCCAAAAAUCACGAAAGAAGACAUUGACACUUUUUUCUCCAAAUAUAAAGGAUCUGAUGAAGAAAUUCAAGACCUUAAAGAAUGCUAUGUGAAGUAUGAAGGUGAUAUGAAUCUUAUAGCUGAAGUUUUCUUGGGUUAUGACGUAGAAGAGGAAGACAGAUUAAUAACCAUUUUGACGGAACUAAUUAAUAAGGAUGAAAUUCCAUCAUUCCCCAAAUUUGUGAAAGAAUCUAAAACUAAAAAAAUGGCACGAAUUAAGCGUUUCAAAUCUGAAGCUAAAGAAGCAGCUGAAGUUAAAGAAGAGAUGGACUGUGGCCUCAUGAAAGCUAUGUCCAGGCGUACCCAAGAAAGAGAAGGCCAGUUCAAUAGUAUGAUACAAAGUUUAGAAGCCAAGUAUGGUAAGCAAGAAGUCAAAGGUAAAAGAAAGAAGCGCUAAUCUAACUAUGUUGAGUUCAAUUAUUUGAUGUGUUUCACAGUAUUUACUAAUAAAUUGUUGACAAAAUAAA